CUUCCUUCAGCUCAGUGGCAUCCCAAGCUUUUUUGGCGGGAAAACCUUCAUAGCUUGUUCAUCAAACAAAUAUAUACUUAGAUUGAAUUUUUGCAAAUUGAUUGUUGAUCAGCUCAACAAUGUCGAAUAUGAAAGUUUGCGCGCUGUUCAGACCUCUGAAUUCGAAGGAACUCUCUGAGUUUCGCGAUGCUGUCUCUGUUCAAGGCAUUACCUCUGAGUCCUUCGUAAUCAAGGAUGAAAAGGAACAGGAAUUUGAUUUUACGUUCGACAGAGUUUUCUAUCAAGGAUCUGAACAAGCUGAUAUAUAUGAAUUUCUAGCUCUGCCUAUAGUCCAAGGUGCUGUAGAUGCAAUAAAUGGUACGAUUAUCAAUUACGGACAGACCGGAGCAGGAAAGACAUAUAGCAUGGAGGGACCAAGCAUUCUAGAUUGUGAAAGCAAGAACAAAGGACUAUUGCAGAGGGUAGUGGAUGGGCUUUUUAUGGCCAUAAUGAAUUCGGAGAAACCAAUCAAAUACACAAUCAAAUUAUCAAUGGUAGAGAUCUACAUGGAGAAAGUAAGGGAUCUGCUUGAUUUAUCGAAGGACAAUAUACAGAUAAAAGAGAGCAAAGUACACGGAAUAAUUCUAAGUGGAGCAACAGAAGUAGCUAUAUCCGACUCUGCAGAAGCACUACAAAAUUUAUCUAGUGGGAUAGCUAAUAGGGCAGUUGGAGAAACACAAAUGAAUAUGUCGAGCAGCAGAAGCCAUUGCCUUUACAUAUUUACUGUCCACCAGGAGCUGACAAAGGAUAAAAGGUAUUAUCCCUCAAUAGGUUUGAUAUACUUGAAAGAUCUAUCCAAAAUAUUUGAAUUUCCAAGCAGGACCAAAUUUGGAAAGCUGAUACUCGUCGACUUGGCUGGGUCUGAAAAAGUUGAUAAGACUGGAGCUGAAGGUAAAAUUCUUGAAGAAGCAAAGACCAUCAAUCAGUCCCUCACAGCACUUGGGAAAGUGAUAAAUGCUAUGACUAGCAGUGCUCCAGGAAAGCCAACUCAUAUUCCUUAUCGUGAUUCUAAGCUCACUCGGAUCCUACAAGAUUCUCUUGGGGGAUACUCUCAGACUGCAUUACUUUGCUGUUGCUCUCCAAGCCCUUACAAUGCUUCAGAGAGCCUCUCCACCCUGCGAUUCGGUGCUAGAGCAAAGCAUAUAAAGGCAUCAGUACAUGUUAGUUGCAAGGAAGAUCUAGACAAUAACAAGGAAGCAACCGUCUCAACCAAUGGAGAUGAGUCCAGGGAGAGGAUAUUGGCCAAGCUGAGAGUGAGAAUGACUGCCGAAGAUGUUCAAUUGCUUGAGGAAUUAUUUGUACUGGAGGGGAUUUUCUAUGAUCCCAAUUCAGUUGAGGAGAUAGAAGCUGCAUAUGAAGAUAUUACGUCAAGGACAAUCUCAUCAUUAUAUAAAACCGUGGUAGAGCUGAGUACAGUUGCGGAGAAGUUGAAGAGGGAGAAUGCCGCUCUUAAGGCCAGCUUGAAAGCUUCAGAAGAGUCUUAUCUACAUCAACUCGAAAGAAGGCCGCUCUGCUUGAUUCUCUGAUUGUAAUAAUGGACCUUCAUUUUUAAAGACGGCGUUUAAGACAUGAAUAUAUCAAAUAGCAAUUUUCAGAAACCACUAUUGUGUAGUGGCUAUUAACUUCC